CCACUUCCUGCCUCAGGAGGCCGCAGCACAUGUAACUGAGCCAGCUCGCAGAAGAAUGACCCAGAAGGGUGCUUAGCAGGGUGGAUGUGAAAAGACUCGAAUGAAGGGGACGUGGUCACCAGACAAAGGAUAGAGGGGCGCUGGGUUUUGCCCCUGACACACCUGGCCCGUGACCAGGCUCACAUUGGAAAGGAGGGAUGCAACAUGCCUUUACACAACAGUGGGAUGCUCCGGGGAUAAAGAUCACUGUAUCGUGUGGAUUGACCCUCUGGAUACGCCGACUCCUCAGACGUUUCGGGAAAGGACUGUCACCUGUCAGUGAUCGGGGAGCAACGGACCGAAAAUGGAGGAGCCCAUGGUGCUGGUUAAUAAUAGGGAUGGGAAGCUGCACGUCAACCCGGAGGCCCUGAGGUUGCUUCAGUCCGUCGAGGAUCAGUUGGUUGUGGUGGCCGUGGCUGGUGCCGCUCAUACGGGAAAGUCCUACCUCCUGAACCGCCUCGCGGGAGUCAAGAAGGGAUUCUCACUGGGAUCAACCAUCAAGUCUCACACCAAAGGAGUCUGGAUGUGGUGCCGACCCCUCCCUCAGAGACCGGGGCAACGCCUCCUGCUGUUGGACACCGAGGGUCUGGGAGAUGUCGAAAAGGGAGACAGCGACAAUGGAACUUCCAUCGUUUCACUGGCCAUUCUCUUGAACAGCAUAUUUAUUUACAACGGUCAGGGAAAAAUAGACCGACAAUCCAUGGCGGACUUACAUUUUGCGACUGAAGUGUCCAAACGGAUCCAGGUGCAGUCCCAGCCCAAUUACAGUGACAGUCGGGACUUUGUCCAUUUCUUCCCUGAAUUUGUCUGGCUGAUCCGUGAUCUGAACCUGGAGCUGGAGGUCGAAGGGAGCCAGGUGUCUGCGGAUGAUUACCUGGAGCACUGCCUCCGUCUGAGGGAGGAUGGGAACAGUCAGCAGAACCGGGAAUACAACGAUCUCCGCAGGUGUAUCCGGGAUCAUUUCCCCACACGUCGCUGCUUUGCAUUUCCCUGUCCGGCUCAAUGGAAGAAACUCAAGGGGCUUCAGCAAAUGGAGGACGAGGAUCUGGAUGAGGACUUUGUCGAGGAGCUACGGAGACUCUGCGAAUACGUUCACACCCACACGAAAGUCAAGAGAGCUCUUGGGGGUCAGCAGGUCACGGGCAGGAGAUUUGCUGAACUGACCCAGACCUAUGUGGGCAUGAUGGCGGACGGGGUCCUACCGUGUGUGGAGAGGAGUGUCGCCAGAUUGAUGGCAGUGGAAAACAAGGCAGCAUUGGAUGAAGCCCUGGCCUUUUACAUGCAGAAAAUGAGCCAAUUCUCUUAUCGUGGCCCUGAGGCUUUCAGAAAACUCCUCAAGUAUUCUAAGGAGAACCACAAGGAGGCACUGAAAAUGUUGAUGAAAAAAUCUAUCUCCGACCGCAGUGAAAAACACAUCAAAGAGCUGGAGGAGGCCAUGAGUUCGCAUUGCGAUUCUCUCAUGAGCAAGAUCAAGGCUGAGUCACAAGAGCGAUGUGAGGCAUUUCUCUCCAAAGCGAUGGGAUCUAUCCAGGUAAAACUAGCUUCUGGACACUUCCUGGCAGCUGGUGGGUACCAGGAGCUGGAUUCUGAGCUCAGUGAGGCCGUCAGAAAGUACAGAGCUGCAACCAAGGAUGAAGUACAGGGGAAUGACGUCCUCGACCGCUUCCUGGAAGAAAAGAAACCUCUUCUCGACCAGGUACAGAAGGCGGACAGGAAGCUGUCGGAGGAAACGCACGCUUUGGAAAAGGAGCUCUCGAGGGUGAAGGAGGAGAUGGAGAAGAGGGAGCGGGAGUGGAAGGCGGCCGAGGAACGCAGGAAGAAGUUGCUCCUGCAGCAGCUCAGGGAGAAGUUUGAGGAGGGGAAAAAGUUCAGCCUGGAGGAGCUGAAGGAAGCCAUGGACCACACAGAGAGAGAGGUGGUGAAGUACUUGUCCGAGGGCAGGGAAGAGGAUGCGGAAAGUGCUCAGGAGACGUACGAGUACCUGAGGCAGAAGUAUGAAAAGGAGAAAAAUCGGAGGUUCAAAACCAAACUGAUAGUUGUGGCGACUGGUGUCGCGGGUGGGGUGGCCGGUGGGAUAGCGGGUGGGAUGGCCUUUGGGCCGGUCGGAGCGGUGGUUGGUGGGGUGGUCGGUGGGGUGGCCGGUGGGAUAGGAUUCUGGAUUUACAGUUCAAGGGAGUAGACAAAGAGAUGACCGCAUCUUGAAAAUGGUUCACCGCACCAACCCCGACAUUCCCAAACCCUUUCAACGUCCCCCCUCCCAAUCUAAUCACCGAAACGACCCCGAGUAUCCUCCACUCCAUCCCUCCCACAGCCCGUCGCCAGCAGGAUAUCAGUGGUGCUGGCACCACAACAUUCACGGUGGGGAGUUCACGGGAAGCAGCAAAUUCCUCCACUACCCCCACCCAACGAACACCCUCCCACAGCCCACAGACACCCUCCCCCAUCACCGACUCUACCCCCCCCCCACCGAAUCCCCUCCCACAGCCCACGGACACUAUCCCUCGUCACCGACUCUACCCCCCCCCCCCCACUCACCCACCCACCCACCGAAUCCCUUCCCACAGCACACGGACACUCACCCCGUCACUGACUCUCCCCCAACCCUGUUACCCUGCCUUGUCCCCGGAGCCUUCGACGCCCUCACUAAUCUAGAUCCCUCAACCUCCGCUUUAGACACACCCAAUGAUGUGGCCUCUACAGCCGUCUGUGGCGACGAAUCCCACGGAUUCACCGCCCUCAUCUGGCUGAAGGUAUUUGCCUUCCUCUCCAUUCUGAAGAGCCGUCCUUCUAUUCUGAGGCUGCGCCCUCUGGUCCCGGACUCUCCCACCGCUGGGAACACCGUGUCCACGUCUGCUCCAUCCGGGGCUCUCAAUAUUCUGGAGGUUUCAGUGACAUCCCCCCCCCCCCCCAUAUUUCUAAACGACAGGGAGUUCAGGCCCAGAGUCGUCAAACGCUCCUCGUACGUUAACACGUUCACCACCGGGUUCGUUCUCCUGAACCUCAUCUGGACACUCCCCAGCGCAGGCACAUCCUUCCGUAGAUACGGGGCCCAGAACGGCCCACAACUCUCCAAAUGUGGUCUGACCGAGGCCUUGUAAACUCUCUGCGUCUGCCGUUUCUUCGCCCACAUCUGCAACUGAUCAAUAUGUUGCCGUAUCCCCCUUGUGUCAUCCACGGACCUGCAGACCCACCGUUCUGCAGUCUCGUCCAAGUCCCAUUACACCAAGAGCGGAGGACAUAACACGGAUCCCUGUGGAGCUUCAAUGGGUAUAACCCACCUCCCUAUAAAAACACCACAUUACCCUCCUCUGGGCAAGACAAUUCUGAAUCCAGACGACCAGGUCACCACGGAUUCCAUGCAUCGCAAUCUUCCUCAUCAGCCGCCCAUGAGGGGGGUGGGGGGCCUUGUCACAACACCCCUUACUGACGUCAACGUAGACAACAUCCAUUCAGCAAUCACUUUCGCCGCCUCCUCAAAAAGAAAAGCAAUCAAUUUUGUACGCUGUAACCAGCCCCCCACCCCAUAAACACAAGCUGACCGACCCUAAUUAGCCCAUGUUGUACCGAUUGCGAGUAAAUCCUAUCCCAAAGACCCUUCUCCAGUGCCAUGCCUCCCACUGACGAGUCUCGCCGGUCUCAAAUUUCCUGGAAUUGUCCCUAUUUCCCUUCUUGAACAGCGGAACAUUUCUCCCGCCCCCGCCCCCAAAGACCUCUCCUGUCGUUGAAGAGGACACGUGGACUAGUUACAAAUGUGGGCAGAGAAAUGGCAGAUGGAUAAAUGUGAGGUGUUGCACCUUGGUGGGACUAAUGUCAAGAGGCAGUGCACUCUAGGGCAAAAGCCUUCACAGUGUUGAAGAGCAGAGACCUUGGGGUGCAAGUCCAUUGCUCUUUGAAAAUGGCUACACAGGCAGCCAGGGUGGUUAAGAAGGCUUAUGCAAAGCUGCUUUCAUUGAUCGGGGUACUGAGUACAGGAGUCAGGAAGUUCUGAUGCAUUCCUAUCGACCUCUGGUUAGGCCGCAUUUUUGAGUAUUGCGUGCGAUUCUGUUCACCUCACUGCAGGAAGGAUGUCGAGGCUUUAGAGAGGUUGCAGAGGAGGUUUACCAGGAUGCUGCCUGGAUUAGAGGGCAUGUGCUAUCAGGAGAAACUGGACAAACUUAAGCUCUUUUGUAUAGAGCGGCGGAGGCUGAGGGGUGUGUAAAAUGAUGAGGGACAUAGAUAAGGUGGACAAGCAAUAUCUUUUUCCCCAUUGUUGAGCGAUCCAAUACCAGACGGCAUGCACUUAAGGUGAGACGGGGGUAGGUUUUGGCUACAUUACAUUAAUCAUGAGGCCUGUCCAGUAUGGGUUUCUUUGGAAGCUAACUGUUAAAGAAAAAUGUCCAUUAUUUCUUUGCUUGGCUCUUCAGUUCCUUUAUCAUUAAAUAAACUAACAGAUAAUUUAGUAGUAAAACAUGCUAUGAGGAUUUGGUUACAAGUUAGGAAAUAUUUUGAUUUAUGGAGAUUUUCUUUGUGUAAACUCAUUUUAUCUAAUUGUUUUUUAAACCUUCUAUGAAUGGUUUAUAAAGAGUGGGACAAAUCGGGUAUUACGUGUUUAAAGGAUCUGUCUGUUGGAGGAAAUCUUUCUUCGUUUGAAUAAUCGUUAACCAAAUAUAGUUUACCAAAAUCUCUUUUUUUCCGAUAUUUACAAGUUAGAGACUUUCUCCGAUCUCAACUACACUCUUUUCCUAUGAGUCCUGAAAAAAACAUACGAGAUGUAAUUUUUAAUUCGAAGUCUUUCUAUGAUGGCUCAAUAUCUAAUAUUUAUCACAGGUUAUCAGGAAUGAGUAAGACUCCAUUAGAUUAAAUUAAAAAUGCUUGGGAACAAGCCUUGAAGAUUUCAAUCUCUGAGGAAAUUUGGAAUUAAAUUUUUAAACUGGUCAAUACUUCAUCAUUAUACGCCUGUCACUCUCUCCUUCAAUUUAAAGUGGUCCACAGAGCUCACUUGUCGAAAGACAAGCUAUCGCGUUUUUGUUUGGAUGUAUCUCCUUACUGUGAUAAAUGCAAUAACGGAGAAGCUUCUUUAAUUCGCAUGUUUUGGACAUGUCAGAGUCUUAAAAAUAUUAGACAGACGUGUUUCAAACUUUUUCUGUGCUCUUUAAAUUAAUUUUAAACUUAAUCCUUUGACUAAAUUAUUGGGAUUGUUGGAGAGAAAGAUAUAACUUUGGAGGCUUCUGAUCGGCACAUUCUGGCUUUUAUUUCUCUUAUAACCAAGAGGGCUGUGUUGUUUAAAUGGGAGGAAGUUUCUCCGCCUACUCAUCUCAAUGGUUACGGGAUGUUAUGUCGUACCUAAAAUUAGAGAAGAUCCGCUGUUCAAUUUCUGAAUCUAACUUAGACUUCCAAACGCUGUGGGGACCUUUUUUGAACUAUUUUCAAAACCUUUGAUCUGAUGGCUAAAAUACACAUUGGCUGAUAUCGAUAUGUGCCAAGGAUUUUUCCUUGUCCUUUUUUUAUUAAACAGCUCCGGUCAUGGUAUUGGGUUUAGAGGUUUAUUUUAAUAAUAAAAUUAUUCCAAAUUAUUCAUUAUUAAUUAAUUAUCAUGCGUGAUUAUUAAUGUAGGAUAUUGUGGCUUCAAGCGUGAUUUAACGUAAUACAUUUUGUAGAUUUUCUUCUUUUUGAUUCAUGUACUCUGUAAUUUCUUUGCGGAAUUAAUAAAAAUAUUGUAAAAGA